AUGGCACAUAGUAGAAGACGACAGCGCUCACUUCCAGACCACAGUGACAGACAUGCGCUCAGCAGCAUGGACCAGCUUACUAUGCAAUACAUGGUAAGAUCAGGUAUGGAGUCCAGCACAGAAUCUGACUCAGAAAUCAGUCCGAGAUGGUCGGACACAAGCACUAUGGGAUGUGCGAGCAGUGCACCAGAGAGUGGGACUUCACGGCGGGCAACGGUAACACACAAGCUUGCAGCAAGGCACGGCUGUAAUUCUUUGUUUUUGGACCCGUAUGAUGGGAGCUCUGAAAAUUCUGAUGAGUCACACAUCGACGUGGGCGCCUCCAGCAGACAAACAAGGCAGCAGAAAAAAAAAACUCGGCUCUUGAGCAGGAGGAAGCGAUUUUUCCUUCAUGAGCCUGCUUCUGUUUCCCCCAGAGAGGAAGUGAAAAGGGGGAUGAGAAAUUCUGCAACAAAACAACAACUUUUGGAUGCCGGCAUUGCAUUUGAAAGUGAGGCUGAGCUGUGGCUCUGUGAGUUAGCUGCUCUGUCUUAUGAAAGUGAUGAGGAGGGUUGUGGAAACCUCACAGAGGAAAGGACAAACAAGUCACCAACACAUACGCAAACCAUGGAUGUAGAGCAGCCACUUGAUGACUCGGGCUUACAAGCUACAAGAUCAUCCUCACCUCACACCCCAGUGAAAGAGAGUCCCCCUCAGGUACGAGACAGCUCCUCAGAGAGAUCCCCCAACUCCUGUAACCUCAGAUCUUUUUUCAAGAGAAAGCUUGGUAUGCCUGGAGCAGAAGAAGCAGUGGGGUUGAGCCAAAACAAGAGGCAGUGUGUCAUGAGCAUGGAGGAUGAACAGGAGGGAAAGAACUCUGCAUCCGAAGCAUGCUAG